AUGGGUAAGACACGUGGAAUGGGAGCUGCUCGCAAGCUGAAGUCUCACCGCAGGAGGCAAAGGUGGGCCGACAAGUCAUACAAGAAGUCUCAUCUUGGUAAUGAAUGGAAGAAGCCUUUUGCUGGAUCUUCCCACGCCAAGGGAAUUGUCCUUGAAAAGAUAGGUAUUGAGGCUAAGCAGCCUAACUCUGCCAUUCGUAAGUGUGCCAGGGUUCAACUCAUCAAGAAUGGGAAGAAGAUUGCUGCUUUUGUCCCUAAUGAUGGUUGCUUGAACUACAUCGAAGAAAAUGAUGAAGUUUUGAUUGCUGGAUUUGGAAGAAAAGGUCACGCUGUGGGAGAUAUUCCCGGAGUUAGGUUCAAGGUUGUGAAGGUUUCUGGUGUUUCUCUUCUUGCCCUUUUCAAGGAGAAGAAGGAGAAGCCAAGAUCUUAA